CCGGGGUGCGGGAGGCAGCUGUCACCGGAGUGGGGGAGUUGGGGGCUGGCCUGGGCGUGCGGUGCGAGGGCAGGGUCCGGCUCCGGGCCCGGGCGGCGGGGCUCUGGUCGCGCUCUGGUGUCGGGCCCCGGGGUCCCCGGCCGGCGGCGGCGGGAUGGCCAAGGCGCUGACCCCCGGGCGCGCCCCGGGCGACCCCCUGGCUGAGCCGGAGCUUGGCAAGAAGCCACCUCGGAAGAAAAGCAGGAAGAAGAGAGUCUGGAAAAGCAAAGGGCGAGAAGCAAGCGGGACACCGGGAGGCGGCGCCAGGGUCGUCGGCGUGCGGCCUCCAAAGGCGCCAGAGGACUUUUCCCAAAACUGGAGGGCGCUGCAGGCGCUCCUGAAACAAAAAACACAGGCCCUGGAAAAGCCUCUUGUCUCUCAGACGGAUUCCAAAAAGCAGCCCAAGAUUAUCCAACAAAAGAGAAAAGUGAUCCCAGAUACAGCCCAGAGAAGUGAGAUGGGAUCGGAGACCACGGACCUCGAGGUCGCCGGGGCCUCUGUUCCUUCAGUAUCUCCAAGGAACGGGAAGGUGCCGGCCCCCGCCCCCGAGGCCAGAGGACCAGAGCACAAUGAGAAAGGAGGCAAGAAUGGGACAAACGGUGACAUUUCUCCAAAAGGAGGAGACGUCAAGCGUAAGAAGCGGAAAGCUAAGGAGGUGACCGUGGCCUUGACUCCGGCUCUGCCCACCGAAGACGACAUCUGGUUUGAUGACGUGGACCCCGCAGAUAUCGAAGCGGCCGUGGGCCCCGAGGCAGCCAGGAUAGCAAGAAAGCAGCUGGGGCAGAGCGCAAGCAGCAUCACGCUGGUGAAGGAGCAGGCCUUCAGCGGCCUGACCAGAGCCUUAGCCAUGGAUUGUGAGAUGGUGGGCGUGGGCCCCAAGGGGGAAGAGAGCAUCGCCGCCCGAGUGUCCAUCGUGAACCAGUAUGGGAAGUGUGUUUAUGACAAGUACGUCAAGCCCACCCAGCCGGUGACGGACUACAGGACAGCGGUCAGCGGGAUACGGCCAGAGAACCUCAAGCAGGGAGAAAAAUUUGAAGUUGUCCAGAAGGAGGUGGCAGACAUGCUGAAGGGUCGGAUUCUGGUGGGACACGCGCUGCAUAACGACCUGAAGGUGCUGUUUCUCGAUCACCCAAAAAAGAAGAUUCGGGACACACAGAAAUACAAACCUUUCAAGAGUCAGGUGAAGAGUGGAAGGCCGUCUCUGAAGCUGCUUGCAGGGAGGAUCGUGGGGGCCACGGUGCAGCAGGCAGAGCACUGUUCGAUUCAGGAUGCCCAGGCAGCAAUGAGACUCUACACUCUGGUGAAGAAGGAGUGGGAGAGUACAGCCCAGGACAGGCGCCCCACAGCCCCUGCUCCAGACCGCAGCAGCGUCUCCGUCCCUCGGCGGUCCUGACCAAGCACGGGACAGCUCGGGUCUCCCCAGAGUGGCAGCUCUGUCAAAACAUGUUCACUGUCCUGGUAGCAGGGCGUGGGGACGCGCUGCUGAGAACUGCUGCGUCUCUCUGCGUCUCUCUCUCUCUUUGCGAUCUGAGACCUGGUCCACCGCCGGAGGUGGCUGGUGGGGCGGGCGUGGAGGGGCACUUGGGCCUCUGCCAGGGACGGGGAGCCGGGGCCGCCUGCGCUGUGCUGUCACCAGCGGCAGCUCCGCCAGGGAUUUGCCCCAUCCCAGAGAUGGGAAGCACCCAGUUGUCCACUGGGUUUUCAGCGCCUUUCUUGGAGGAGGCCCCUCUCCUUUGCCUUGAGUCACAUAAAAACUCCACUGGACUCAGCGGGCCCGGGCCCGUCUCGGAGUUAGCUGUG